AUUAAACAAGUGGCGGGCGUUGACGAUGAUGAGCGGCGGCGCUUUGACCCCUCGGGGAUUGUUGGGUUUGAAUCCAGCACCGAUCACGACCCAAAAUUUAGUCAUGAUGAUGUUCGUAGAUGCUUGAAGCCCAGAACUUCAUGUGGGCUAUUUUUGGGCCAAUGAUACAUUCAGCUCGAUCAUUUAGCUCCAGCGACAAAGAAGCUGGUGAGGCUGAGAGCACCAGACGAUGGCUCACCUCGUCCGCCCGCUCCGGCAAUGGCCGAGGUUCCACCGCCACCACGGCCUUCCUCUCUCCCCCUACCCCUCAUCUCUUUCGCGCUUUGGAACAACGUCGCAUCAUCAUCAUCUUCAUCCUCGCCACAGUCUGGUUUUUAUUUUGGUCCCUUCGUCCCGCCGCGAAGUCCAUUACCGGCCGCGCGGGCUCCGAUUCCCCAACUCCGCACCGGCUUACGACCCCCGAGAAGGUGACGGCAGCGACUCCGACUCCGAGAAGAGCCGCAACCAGAAGAAGCGCGAGGCGCGGCGGGCCGUCCGCUGGGGCAUGGAGCUCGCUUCCUUCUCCAAUCCCCAAAUCAUGCGCAUCCUCAGAGUGGCUUCUCUGGAGAAAGAGGUGCUGGACGCUCUGAUGAUUGCAAAGAGACUGGGACCGGAUGUUCGAGAAGGAAAGCGAAGGCAGUUCAAUUACAUCGGGAAGUUGCUGCGAGAAGUUGAACCUGAGUUAAUGGAUGCUUUAAUUGAGGCUACUAAAGAUGGUGACCACAGUAGGCUGCAAGCUUUAUCUGUCUCGGAGGCUUGUGUUGGUGAAGAUGAUGAUGAAGGAGAAGAAGAUUUUGGAGAAGAAGACGAGGAAGAGGAGGAGGAGUACAGUGAACAUGCAAGCAUCGCAAGCAGGUGGUUUGAUGGUUUAAUCAGUAAAGACAUUCAAAUAACCAAUGAAGUUUACUCCAUUCCCACCAUUGAUUUUGACCGGCAAGAGCUCCGAAAACUUGUACGGAAUGUACAGUCGAUUCAAGGACAGCCAGCUGCUACUAAUGAAAACGAGAGAGAAGCUAGCAUAGCUCUCCUAAGGGCUCAGAAAUCCCUUACCGGUUUCCUCCGAAACCUCGCAAGGCAAUUGCAUAGUAGCACUAUAUGAUCACACAGUUGAUACUCACCUCUCGUACUAAUCUAUUUUGUAACAUUACAGUUUCCUUUUUUUGGGGUCCGGUUAAGUCGUUUUACUAUGCAUGGUUGUACAUGAACCAAGAACCGGGGUUGAUGAUGGGGUGCUAGAUUUAGGAAGUCCCGGGUUCAAUCCGAGGCAAUAGCUGGAAAGAUAAUAGUUAAUGCCAAUCGCCUCCCAUGCGCGGUCUCUGUGUUCACUCACAUUUCUUCCGCGGGUGCAAGCGCUCUCUUCUGGUUGGGUAUUAGAAAGGGAGCGAUGCCGUUGCCAUCUCUUUUGGGCGUAUCACCCCGGAGAUUGCUGCACCAGCAAGAUCAAUAUAUUUUUUGUGCGCUCAUGUCUCUGAAAGAUUUUUUACAUUGAAAGUGUUUUGCUGAAGCCUAUAGUCAAAAUCAUGACCAAAAAGAUUUAAUUAUUUUUGUUUGUGGCAUGUAUCAAUAUGAAUGUCCACCUUAUCAAAAGCAAAAUAGGAAGGAAAAAAAAGGGGGACCUUGUAUGAAAAUUGUCGGGAUCAUAAGCAAUCGGAACUUGGAUGCUAACGAGAUUGUGUUGAUGUUUCUA